AUGAUGCGUAUUUCAGCAGCUCUCCUCGUCUCGUACACCCUCGCCGCCGACUCUUGCACAGCUAAUGACAUCGCCGGUCUCAACAACUGUUACCAGGCUUUCGUCGGCGCUUACGGAUUCUCGAUGAGCAACGUUUUGCCACAUUACUGGGAUAUGCACCAAGUGCGCACCGGAUGGCUUGAUGCCCAAGGAGUCAAAGUGCAACCAAAGAUUUGCCAAAUCGGAAACAAUUUGGUGAACUGUAUCGCGAAAUUCCCGUGUCUCUCCCAGGAUACAUUCUUGACGAUGGGUGCUGACUCGACUGAGUCUCCCCGUUGGUUCCUCGACAAGAUUGCCACCAAGUAUCAAUGUGGAGAGGGAUAUCAAGUUCUCCUCCAAGAUUACUACUGUAUGGCGGCUUGCCGUGAGCACCGUGACGACGCGCUCUCCGCUUGCAGCACGAUGAUGCAAAACGAGAUCGCUCAAGGAACCGAUCCAUGCGUG